AUGCAUCCUGAUCCUCGCUGCAAUGGUCUUUCACUUCUCUCCCUGGGUCUUUAUGGGUCAGCGCUUCUUACCGGCCCAGUCAUGCAUCUUGGACUCUGGAUACGUGGCGAGUGGGAUCGUUAUGUGAAUCACAUACUCUUCCUCGCCUGCUUCAUUCAUAAUGCCGGAAUACUGAUACUUCACUAUCUUACUGGGGCCGACCUUCUGGAUGCUUUAGCUAUGACUGUAACACUUGAGGGUGCACACUUGCUGGGCCUUAUGUGUAGCAUUGGCUUGUACCGAAUCUGCUUCCAUCCUUUGAGGUUCUUUCCUGGGCCUCUGUCCUUCCGAAUAUCCAUAUGGGGGAGAACGUGGGCCACGUUUCACAAAGGAGAAAGAGGAGCUAUAUUGAUCGAUGAAGUGCAUCGUAGGUACGGUGACUAUGUUAGGAUCGCGCCGAAUCACAUAUCCGUCAGGAGUGCCUCGUCUAUUCCAUUGAUUCAUGGUACAGGGAAAACCACAGUGUGUCAUAAGUCCGCAGCAUACCUCAAUCCAGUCAAUUUCGGUAGUGUGAACGCUACGCGAGAUCCCAAUGAGCACGCUAUCUACCGCAAGAAGUGGGACAAGGCUCUAGAUCCGAAAGCUGCUUCUUCAUAUCUUCCUGCCAUACACCAAGUUGUUCUUGCCCUUGUCAGUCGAUUAAGGUACUAUCAAGGGCGUCCGAUCGUAGCUAACCAUGAAUACGCUCUGUUCGCAUUCGACACAAUGGGCAGAAUUGGAUUUGGCCUCCCUAAUGGGUUCAAUUCAAUGCCCUCAGGAAGACUUCCGCGAGCUAUCGCUGAUGUCGUUGCUACGACCCGUAUUGGGGUCUACAUGGUAAAUGCUAUUGAUAUCUCUGCUGCUAGUUUCAUUGUUUCUCACCACGGUCAGAUGUUCAUCCCUUGGCUACACAUGAUCACUGGUAUCUUGCCUACAUUUGGUAUCAUAUACAAACCAGAUGUCAAAUUCCGUGAGUUUAUAGGUGCAGCCAUCCAGGAAAAAUCCACAACCGAGCUUCCCGAAAAGCGACAACACCAAGCCCACAAAGACGUCAUCAGCCACCUCAUGGAUUCCUCCGACGGCGUCAAGCUGUCACACUCCCAACUUCUUUCCAAUGGCUUUAUCAUUGGCCUUGCCGGCUCGGACACAACAAUCAGUACCAUUACUCACAUGACCUACCGUUUCGCCCGCCAUCCCAACAUCGCACGCACUUUACAUCAAGAAAUAUCCUCAGCACUUUCUCAUAGAGGUACCCCAGCUGACUGGCCCGCCAUCUCCAAAUUGCCUUAUCUGGACGCUUUCAUCAACGAAACUCUCCGCCUUCACCCACCCAAUCCAUCCCCUCUCCCUCGUGUUACACCCCCAGAGGGUCUGUACCUUGACGACGGUGUGUACAUUCCAGGUGGCGUCAACGUGUCCACUCCUGAGUGGAGUCUCCACCACGACUCACGCUACUUCUCUGAACCAGAAGUAUUCAUGCCAGAACGGUGGAUUGCACAUGAUGUAGCGCGGACCUCAGGGGCGUCGUUCACGCCACGACCGGAGUGCAUAUUUGAUCGUCGCGCGUUCAUACCGUUCCUUAGGGGGCCAUAUCGGUGCGCUGGCAUCUAUGUGGCAUAUAUGGAGCUUAAGAUGUGGACGGCGGCUGUACUGAUGGAAUUCGAUAUUGUGUUCCCUGAGGGCGUGGAUGUUCAGGAGGUCGAUCGUCGAGUGAGGGAUGAGUGGAAGGACUAUACGAUGACACAGGCUGCACCGAUUGAGGUUUGCUUUAGGGAGAGGUUAUAG